AUGUCAGACGCCCCUGACCACAAAACCAGCUCGUCUGAGCCGAUCAGCCCCUUCCUUUUCGUUUCUAAAGUCUACUGGAUUGAUCUAGAGGCGCCGGAUAAGCUGUUAAAGGUGUCCAGCUCCCCUCCGGAAAUGCCCACCUGGCGCAUGCCGUUGCCAGACCGAACUCGAUGCGGUAUGUCAAUCCUCACAAACGAUCCUUUUUCUGAGCAGAAGACUUGCAACAUGAGAACUGCAUAUCUGCCGGUCUUCCUAGUGGCUCAGACCUCGCGACCGUACUACCGGUUCCAGACCAGCGCAGGGCGAAACACGCAGCUGUCGCAGGUGCUUGUCGAUCGGCCGUUCCGGGGAGAAAAAGCCCGUUUGGAAGAAAGUAGGUCGCUUCUCCGCCGCAAUCUGGACGACGUCGAGUCGGAAUUUGCAGAGUACACCGCCGCGAUGAGUAGAUGGCGCUCUGAAGUUCGCCGCUGGGAGGUGCAGACAAUUCGCGAUGAGAUCGAAGCUGGGAACACGGUGAUCUUCCGCAACAGAAUCAUCGUCAGAGACCUCGAAGGGCUUGAAGAGUGGCUUCGUCUCGAAGAUCAAAGGGAGUCGGAUGGCCAAUAUGACGCUUGGUACUGUGGCGUCCUGCGCCCAGGUCACAGCAAUGUCUUCCCCCCGGCCCACCUGAUGCGCUCGUCUCUAAUUAGAGACAAUAUUGAGUCACGCACGGAAAGUCUUCGCACAGCGGUUGACGCGCUUGGAGAACUGAUAAAAGAUCUCGAGCGCAAGCCCGUGGCCCGUCCAUCCUGCGGUCCACAAUCAACCCCCAAGCCCAUGAUCUCGCUACCAGAUUGCAGCUCCAGCGAGGACAAUCCGGAAGAUGAAGAGUUCCUCGCCGCUUUAACCGUCUGGACCUACGAGCGCCAUCUCCACUGGAUGCCCCGAGAUGCCGAGAGCAGGCGAAAAUACAAAUUCAAGACAGAAGACGACGUGUACCGAUUCUUCCAUAUCAAGAAGCUCACCAGCAGCGAUCCCACGCGCACCGCUGGCAACAACGGCUUGUUUCAACAGCAUCUGCGAUGUCCUCAGGACCUGGCUAGAUACCCUUGGGGUCGACCUUUUGCCCUUCUAGAGGAAGCCUGUUCUGUCUCUGACAACUGCGCGGAGCUGUACACAGAGGAGGCCCGAGCCAUUCUGAGAGAUAUGGAAACGGAGUAUUUUUCGGAUUUCCAGAGCUUCGACUCCGAGACCGACUCGUCGAACUGGUAUCCUUCCCCUGAUCUUAGCGGUAGAAUCGCAAGAUGGACUAAGAGGUUGGUUGAUUGUCCGGUUUCUGACUCUGAUUAG